AUGAACUGUAUCGAAUAUCUUCCAUUUCAACUUUUCACCUCUUUGGACAUGUUUCACAUAUUGUUUAACAAGACCCCGAUGACAGGUCGGAUGGCUCUUUCCGCCUCCACAAUUUCACAUUCUUCUCCGGUCCUUACAAUUACUCGAAACUUGCUGAAGACUCACCGGGCAACUUAUAAGAGAUGGAGAAAAACAGGCAAUGGAUACAAGAGAGGUCUCUCUGGAAGAAAACAUGGCAAUGCUGGGUGGUCUAACCGAGUGUUGGGAAAGCUGGUUGGUACGUGUCAGGCAACGUCUAGAGGAGCAGGUAAUCAAAAAGCUAGAUUAGCUAAACUCUUGCCCAAUCUAUAG